UUUUUGUGAACUUUAUGGUAUAGAAGGUGGAAGAGAAACAGAGGAAAAGUGGGUGUGAGCUGACAGCGUUGGCGAGAGCCAAGUCUUUGAUUCAGACUGGAACCUGCCUGUUUCACAGGGAGGCUGGAACCAAGAUCAAGAGACAUCCAGCUUGCUUCCAACAAGUCUCCUGGCAGACAAGAUACCGGAGGGGGGGAAGAAAGAGCAGACUGUUCCUUAAAAGCAAGCAGGCGAGAAGUAGCAAGAGCAGAAUAACACAAUGUGCCUUAAAAGAAGUGCUCGGAUGCGGUCUCAUCUAGCUUGAGAGCUCAGACCCGAAAUCAGCCAUAGUGGCUAAUUAUGCGGUGCACACACCGUUGGUUUAUGGUGCUGGAAACUCUAACAGAUGGAUUGCACUGUGUAAAGAAAAUGGGGAUGGCUGAAACCCGCCAUAAAAAGUCAGAAUAAAAGGUGAAGGCCAUCAUCCGCAGAGCUGAAGCAUGAGUACUGAUGCCAGUCAGGUGGUGAUCACUACUCCUCCCCCUGCCACAAUGCCUCACAAGGAGAGGUACUUCGAUCGCAUCAAUGAAAACGACCCGGAGUAUAUCCGGGAGAGAAACAUGUCUCCAGACCUGAGGCAGGACUUCAACAUGAUGGAGCAGAGGAAGAGGGUCACUCAGAUACUGCAGAGCCCUGCUUUUAGAGAAGAUCUGGAAUGCCUUAUUCAAGAACAGAUGAAGAAGGGCAAUAACCCAACCGGACUGCUUGCGUUACAGCAGAUUGCUGAUUACAUUACAGCAAGCUCUUUUGCAGGCUUUUCCUCAUCUUCACUCAGCCAUGGAAUGGUUACCCCUAUCAAUGAUCUACCUGGAAUAGAUACCUCCUUGUUUGUUAAGGGAGAAAAACUUACUCGUUGCAAGUUAGCCAGUUUAUACAGAUUGGCUGACUUGUUUGGGUGGGCACAUUUGCCAAAUGCCUAUAUCACAGUCAGAGUAAGCAAAGAACAUGACCAUAUUCUAAUCAUUCCAAGAGGUCUGUCCUUUUCUGAAGCUUCAGCUUCCAAUUUGGUUAAGGUAAACAUCCUAGGAGAUGUAGUUGACCAGGGGAGCACAACUCUAAGUAUUGACACGGCAGGAUUCAGUCCGCAUGUGGCCAUCUACUCCACGCGCCCUGAUGUCAGGUGUAUAAUACACAUACACACCCCUGCAACAGCAGCUGUUUCAUCUAUGAAGUGCGGCAUCCUUCCAAUAUCUCAAGAGGCUCUGAUUUUGGGAGACAUUGCGUAUUACAAUUAUCAGGGAUCUCUUGAUGAACAGGAAGAGAGAAUUCAGCUUCAGAAAGUUCUUGGACCCAGUUGCAAGGUAUUAGUCUUGAGAAACCAUGGUGUGGUAGCACUAGGAGAGACACUGGAAGAAGCAUUCCACUAUAUUUUCAAUGUGCAACUGGCCUGUGAAACACAGGUGCAUGCAUUAGCUGGAGCAGGUGGGAUAGACAAUCUCCUACUACUGGAUCUGCAGAAGUUCAAGCCUUCCACACAUGCUGUGGCAGCAGCUGGAGGAGGUGGAGUUAAUAUGGCUUCGCAACAGAAAUGGAAAGUUGGGGAACAGGAGUUCGAAGCACUCAUGCGGAUGCUGGACAACCUGGGAUACAGAACUGGCUAUGCCUAUAGGCAACCGUUAGUCAGGGAAAAGCCCAGACACAAGAGUGACGUUGAGAUCCCAGCCACUGUGACUGCCUUUUCCUUUGAAGAUGAUGCAGUCCCACUGUCCCCGCUGAAAUUCCUGGCGCAGAAGCAACAGAGGGAAAAGACAAGAUGGCUGAACUCCCCCAACACGUACUUGAAAGUGAAUGUGCCUGAGGAGUCCUGGAACGGAGAAGCCAGUCCUAGGACCAAGAUCACGUGGAUGAAAGCUGAUGACUCUUCGAAAACUAGCGGAGGAACGCCAAUCAAAAUUGAAGAUCCAAACCAAUUUGUUCCUUUAAACACAAACCCCAGUGAAGUGCUGGAAAAGAGAAAUAAGAUUCGGGAACAAAACCGAUACGACCUAAAGACAGCAGGACCGCAGUCUCAGCUGCUCGCUGGGAUCGUUGUGGAUAAAAAGCCAAGUCCACCAAUGCAAUUUGAAGAUGAUGAGCACGCACCACCAGCACCACCCAACCCAUUCAGUCAUCUCACAGAAAAAGAACUGGAAGAGUACAAGAAAACAAUUGAGCGCAAGCAGCAAGGGUUGGAAGAUGCUGAACAGGAAUUAUUCUCAGAUGACGGUUCAUCUGUGUCACAAAUUCAGUCACAAACUCAGUCCCCGCAAAAUAUCCCAGCAAAAUUAGAAGAAAAUCAUGAAGAUUUCUAUACCCAAAAUGCCAACCUAAUAUCUGUGGAGCUACCCGUUGUGGUGGUGAACGGCAAGGAAGAUGCACAUGAUGUGGAAGAAGACCUCACCAAGAGGGUCAGUCAGUUAACCACUAGUAGUACUGUGGAGAGCGUAGAGAUUACCAUUAAAAGCUCUGAAAAGAUAGAAGAGGCCCUGUCCCCUGAAGGGUCACCUUCCAAAUCCCCGUCAAAGAAGAAGAAGAAAUUCCGGACCCCGUCUUUCCUGAAAAAGAAUAAAAAGAAGGAGAAGGUAGAAGCAUAAAUGCAGUUCUGUUGUGAGGAGAUGUUGCACAUUUUAAACGUUUAAGUUGACCAUUAACAGAGUAGUGUUAGGGGUGUGCAGUAACUGGACUUUUUAACCUAAACAAAAAGGAACUGGAAGAGGUUUUGCUUUAAACAAAACAAAAAAACACCACCACCAAAAAAAAAAAAAGACUUUCAUGUUAAUUAAAAUGAAUU